CGGUUCUCUUCAGAGAUGAGUCAUGUGGAGGGGAAAAAUAAGCCCGGGCUGGACCAGCAGUUUGCUGCCCUAGACCUGAACUCCUCUGAUAAUCAGAGUGGAGGAGGAAGUACAGCAAACAAAGGGCUCUAUAUACCCCCUCACUUAAGGAACAGAGAAUCGUCUAAAGGAUUCUAUGAUAAAGACAGUUCAGGGCGGAGUUGUAGUAAAGAUAAGGAUGCCUACCGCAGUUUUGGGUCACGUGAUUCAAGAGGAAAGCCUGGUUACUUCAGUGAUCGUGGAAGUUGGUCAAGGGGAAGAUAUGAUGGUCGUGGACGGAGUGAUUAUGAUGGUUUCAGCAGUCGUGGUGACAGAACUGGCUUUGGCAGAUUUGAGCGGAGUGGUCAUAGUCGUUGGUGUGACAAAUCAGAUGAAGAUGAUUGGUCAAAACCACUUCCACCAAGUGAACACUUGGAGCGGGAGCUCUUUUCUGGAGGAAACACUGGAAUUAACUUUGAGAAAUAUGAUGAUAUACCAGUAGAGGCAACUGGCAAUAACUGUCCUCCACAUAUUGAAAGUUUCAGUGAUGUUGAGAUGGGAGAAAUUAUCAUGGGAAACAUUGAGCUUACUCGUUAUACUCGUCCUACUCCAGUGCAAAAAUAUGCCAUUCCUAUUAUCAAAGAAAAAAGAGACUUAAUGGCUUGUGCCCAAACAGGAUCUGGAAAAACUGCAGCAUUUCUUUUGCCUAUCCUGAGUCAAAUAUAUGCAGAUGGUCCCGGUGAAGCUUUGAAGGCUGUGAAGGAAAAUGGAAGGUACGGGCGCCGCAAACAAUACCCAAUCUCCUUGGUUUUAGCCCCAACAAGAGAAUUGGCUGUACAGAUCUAUGAGGAAGCCAGAAAAUUUUCUUACCGGUCUAGAGUUCGUCCUUGUGUAGUUUAUGGUGGUGCUGAUAUUGGUCAGCAGAUUCGGGACUUAGAACGUGGGUGCCACUUGUUAGUAGCCACUCCAGGACGUCUUGUUGAUAUGAUGGAAAGAGGAAAGAUUGGAUUAGACUUCUGCAAAUACUUAGUAUUGGAUGAAGCUGACAGGAUGCUGGAUAUGGGAUUUGAACCUCAGAUACAUCGUAUAGUUGAACAAGAUACUAUGCCACCAAAGGGUGUUCGUCACACUAUGAUGUUUAGUGCUACUUUUCCUAAGGAAAUACAGAUGCUUGCUCGUGACUUCUUAGAUGAUUAUAUAUUCUUGGCUGUAGGUAGAGUUGGCUCUACCUCUGAGAACAUCACACAGAAGAUAAUUUGGGUGGAAGAGUCUGAUAAGCGUUCAUUUCUGCUUGACCUUCUAAAUGCAACAGGGAAGGGUUCUCUGACUUUAGUGUUUGUGGAGACCAAAAAGGGUGCAGAUUCUCUGGAGGAAUUCUUAUACCAUGAAGGAUAUGCUUGUACCAGUAUUCAUGGAGACCGAUCACAGAGAGAUCGAGAGGAAGCCCUUCACCAGUUCCGCUCAGGGAAAAGCCCAAUUCUAGUGGCAACAGCUGUGGCAGCAAGAGGACUGGACAUUUCAAAUGUGAAACAUGUUAUCAACUUUGAUUUGCCAAAUGAUAUAGAAGAAUAUGUACAUCGCAUUGGCCGUACAGGACGUGUAGGAAACCUAGGCCUUGCCACCUCAUUCUUUAAUGAAAGGAAUAUAAAUAUCACAAAGGAUUUAUUGGAUCUUCUUGUUGAAGCUAAACAGGAAGUGCCAUCCUGGUUUGAAAAUAUGGCUCAUGAACAUCACUACAAAGGUAGCAGUCGUGGACGUUCUAAGAGUAGGUUCAGUGGAGGAUUUGGUGCCAGAGACUAUCGACAAAGUGGUGGUUCCAGCAGCUCUGGAUUUAGUGGUAGUGGUGCAAGCAGCAGCCGCAGUGGUGGAGGUGGUCACAGCAACAGCAGAGGAUUUGGUGGAGGUGGCUAUGGAGGCUUCUACAGGAGUGAUGGAUAUGGAGGAAAUUAUAACUCCCAGGGGGCUGACUGGUGGGGCAACUGAAUCUGCUUUACGUAAGAGUCUCUCCUUCAAACAAGCUAUUAUGGAAACCAAAUGUUACUUAGCCAGAUUGUAUCGUGUAGCUUCACGAACUUGCAAUACAUUACCAUCUGUGAUUCUCCUGAAAACUCAAGGGAACUCAGAGUCACAAGAAGAAAUGAAAGGAACAAUCAGCAGCCCCAUUCAGUAAUGGUUUGAAGAUUUAAUUGCUGUAGUUUGGAUUAACUCCCCUCCUGUUUAGUCCCACCCCAAACUGCAUUUAUAAUUUUGUGACUAAGGAUCAUUUGUUUGUUAAUGUACUGUAGCUUUAGCUUUAGACAACUUAUUAUUUUGAUGUCCUGUUGGCUCAGUAAAGCUCAAAACACCACUUGUUUUGGCAAAAUAAAUUUACUGAACUUGAGGUAAAAUCAAACCUUGGCACACAGGUAUGAUACAACUUAACAGGGAACAUCAAUUUAUUCAUAAAUAUGAUAAAAAAAACAUUCAGUAGCCUGCGUUAGGACAUUUUGAUACUUACAGACUGGAGGGGGGAUCCAUCUGAAAGCAUAAUUAGUUUCUAAUGCGGCAAACUAUACUAAGUUAAAGUUCUGACUUGCUCACUCUAUCCUGGAUAGCACUUAGAACCUUAUAUUCUUUAAAUAAGUCAUUCCUGUCAUGAGGUGGGAACACACCCAUAACAUUUUUGAAGGCACUUUUCAAAGUUAAUUCAAGUGAAUACAGCAAUUCCUCAUUUAAAGUUUAGGCAAUUUAUUAAUUAUAAGCUAGGCACAUGUUAGGCAUAUUAUUGUGGGAAAAGUUUAAAGGCCUGGUAAUUUAGAGUGUUUGGGAGAUUUCAUUUAAUUAUAUUUUUAAAUGCCUGCCAUAAAUAAAAUUGAAAUGUUGAAUGGCUGACCAUGGCAAUGAGAGUUCUCAGACAAGCGUGGUUGGAUUUUGGUCUCAACGCAUGCUAAUGUUGAUGUUUUUUGGUCAAGAGAAUGUGAACAGGGAGGAUUAUGCAGCAGGCUUUAUUUUAAAGCAGAUUCACAUUACUUUGUUAAAGCUGCAUUGAAAUGUUAAAAUGGCUUACAUUGUAGACUUUAAAUUUGAGAAUAACAAACUGAAAUCCUUGAGAUCACACAAGUUGGAAAUAUGUACUAAACUCCACAAGGUGUCAGUUCUUUAUAAUGCAGUUUUAUUGUAUUCUAUUUGCAUAUGUUUCUAUUGUAUUUAUAAUCUCUUUAUGCUGAAUUUGGCCAAAGAUGAUUGUCUGC